UUUGAAACUACAGAUUGCUGGAAAUGCGAGCCGUCUCCAAACUUGUUAGCUGAAUGUGAAGAGUCGUUUUUGACCAACGGAAGGCAGUGUGGAACGAUACUAUCACGAUUUGAGGAACGUGGGUAUCACUGCAUCGUGGAAAUACUGAACUGCUUUCCGAAGCAUACUUUUGCAGAACACGCAGAAGCUAGUUUUCUCGUUGCACACGGAAGAUUAUUAAAUUCACCAGACAACGAUACGACUGUCCAAGUAGUCUUGAUAAUUAUGGUUUUCAGCACUGUUCCUAAUUGUUUCAGUUCGUUACGAUAUUUUCCGUUGACCGGCCCGGAUGGGGCGAAGUUGGCUGUAAUUCCGUGUACACUGGAUGGGAUCUGGGAGGCGCUGUCGACGGCGGGUGAACGCUUUGAAGUAAGCACGGUGCAGUGCAUCACGUCAGAUGUUCCUUCAAUGAACCACAUUUCUCCGUUUGUCAACUAUUUAUAUCGGCGUUAA